CAACACGAGCGUGAGCUCUACCACCAACGCGAGCGUUAGCUCCACCAACGCGAGCGUGAGCUCCACCACCAACACGAGCGUGAGCUCCACCACCAACGCGAGCGUGAGCUUUACCACAAGCAGUCCGGCCUCCACCGCCAUCCCGGGCUCCACAGAAGGCUCGAUACCCGGCUACGGACCGAUUCCCACCACGGCGCUGACGUCCAUGACGCCCUCUCCGCCUACAUUGAAGGCUAAUACUACCAUGAGCACAAGCCCAACCUCGACCACGUCGACGACCACCACCACAACGACAACAAAUAGGCCGUCUCCUACGAUCUUGGCAACAGCAUGGACACCGACGUCGAGGACUACUACGACGACUCCCUCAACGUGGGAGGCGCCAGUCAACUCGUCACAUCAGGCACCGCAUCGAACGGUGCUUAGAACCUCGGUGACGCCGAGACCUCUGGCAUCGUCCACGAGCAGCGUCUCGACCGCCCCGGCGCCUUCGCUCACCUUGCCAUCGACCACCACGGGGGUGCCAACGGCCUCCACCCGGUGGAGGACCGUACCGUCUACCCUGCCUCGGCCGGCAGCCACCUCCCCGUCGGCGACGGUCGAGCCUCUGUCGCCGCCGCACGAGGCGGCGCUUAGGCCGGCGGCGGGGCCACCCAGCACCCCGGCCUCGGCAUCGAGGGGCUCGCUGCGCACCCCGCGCACCGGCCACCACCACCACUUCACCACGCCCACCCCGCACAGGAAGCCGCCCUCUAACGCCACGUCCCGGACGCCGCCGACGACGCGGCCGCCGUCGGCCAGGGAGAGGCCGUUCGUCGAGGAGAUCGGCGUCGUGGUGAUGGCGGUGACGAGCCCCCCGCUGCUGGACAACGACUCGGCCCCGGACGGCUGGAACGGCACCUACUUCAACGACAGCUGCCGCAACUACACCAACGACUACUGCGUGCCGGACGAGGAGUACCUCGACAUGAUGCUCGAGUACAUCAUGCCCACCAAGAUGGAGUGGGUCAUCAUCGCCAUGCACUGUGCCGUGUUCAUCGGCGGCCUCGUGGGCAACGCGCUCGUGUGCCUGGCCGUGUACCGCAACCACACGAUGCGCACCGUCACCAACUACUUCAUCGUGAACCUGGCCGUGGCCGACUUCCUCGUCAUCCUCAUGUGCCUGCCGCCCACCGUGCUCUGGGACGUGACGGAGACGUGGUUCAUGGGCACUGCCCUCUGCAAGAUCGUGCUCUACUUCCAG